AUGGAAGCUUGGCUGAAAGACUCGGGGGCCGUGGGCGUGGAGGAUUUGGAGGUCGCAGACUUCCCCGUUACUGGGCGGGGUGUUGGUGCGAAGCGCGCCUUCAGGGAGGGCGAGAGGAUCCUCACUAUCCCAGCCAAAUGUCUGUGGACGGUGAAGCACGCAUACGCCGACACGCUACUGGGACCGGUCCUUCGAUCUGUUCAACCAUCGCUGUCUGUCGAAGACACAUUGGCGCUCUACAUUCUCUUUGUCCGCUCACGCCAGGAUGAUCCCAAGUACAAAGACUUGCAGAGCCACGUCGCUAGGCUGCCCCAAAGCUACAGCCUGAGCAUCUUCUUUACCGACGCGGAGCUGGAGGUGUGCGCCGGUAGCUCGCUCUACACACUCACUACACAACUGAGGGGGCGAGUCGGCGAUGACUACAAGCAGCUGCUUACUCGCGUAUUCAUGCGCCAUCGCGACCUCUUCCCACUUCAAAAGUUUGGCAUUCAAGACUACAAAUGGGCCCUUAGCACCAUAUGGAGUCGUGGCAUGGAUUUUACUCUCUCCGAGGGAGCGUCGCUGCGCUUGCUAGCGCCGUUUGCCGACAUGCUCAACCACUCGUCCGAUGUGAAGCAGUGUCAUGCCUAUGACCCGACCACCGGAAAUCUCUCCAUUCUCGCUUCAAAAGAUUACAGCGUUGGCGACCAGGUCUUCAUUUAUUAUGGGCCUGUUCCAAACAACCGGCUCCUGCGUCUCUACGGGUUUGUACUGCCGGAUAGUCCAAACGAUAGCUAUGAUUUGGUGCUACAAACCAGCCCCAUGGCGCCGCUUUACGAACAGAAGGAAAGGCUCUGGAAACUAGCCGGGCUGGGAACGGCUUGCACGAUUCCGCUCACUGCCAGCGAUCCGCUUCCCAAUAAGGUUCUCCAGUAUCUGCGAAUACAGCGACUCGAUGAUUCCGAGCUCAGCGCCAUGACGACGCAGAUUGCCACAGGCGCCGACGGUAAAGUCAGCGACGAAAACGAGACGCAAAUCCUGCAAUUUCUGGCCGAGUCUAUCAAGGCAAUUCUUGAAGGCUUUGCGGUCCCGUUGGAGAAGCUCACCGCCCAGCUCGCCGAUGGCGUGUAUCCUGAAGGAAGCAACGCCUGGGCGGCCGCGCAGGUCAGUGCGGGCGAGCAGCGCGUGUUGGAACUGGCUCAAGAAAGGGCACAAAGUCUGCUAGCCGCAGUCGGGGAUGAGCUCGACGCGCUUCCACCGCCAAAUCAAUGCGCAAAUUGUGGCAAGGACUCUGCACAGCUCAUGGCCUGUGGGAGCGAGCGCGGAAGAAGAGGAGACGACGACGCAAUUAGUUACAUGAUUGCUGCGCAGGCCAUAAACUCCUUCCAGAUACGAGCCGUUUGGGGCUGCCCAUAG